UGUGUUUGACCUUCCACUGGCUUUGAAAGUUGUUAAACCUGAUAGAUAACUCCAUCCUUUCCAAAUGAUGGGGGCAGUGGAAUGCUCCACUCCAAGCAGUAAGGAAGCAGCCGAGUGCUAACCAGCAUGCAUCUGAUUCAAACUGGUCUGAAUUAGCAAGCGUUUCUGCAGGUGACAGCUGCACAAGCUGCUCAAGAAAGGUUUCUCUUCUGCAGACGACCUGAACCUGCAAAACGAACAAACACCCUAAGCCCUGUGCUUGAACAGAACGUAUCUGGAGCCCUGUUCUGGAAAGAAGAGAUGGCUGCCGCUUCUGCUGCUUUGCAGUUUGCUGGACUGAUCCUUGGAGGCAUUGGCGCAGUUGGGACUUUCGCCAUCACGGGCAUGCCCCAGUGGCGAGUGACUGCUUUCAUUGAAAGCAACGUGGUGGUUUUUGAAACCUCCUGGGAAGGCCUGUGGAUGAACUGCAUACAGCAAUCUAACAUCAGGCUGCAAUGCAAGGUCUACGACUCCCUCUUGGCUCUGCCUCCUGACCUCCAGGCUUCAAGAGGUCUGAUGUGCGCAGCUUCAGCCCUGGCGUUCCUUGCUUUUGCAGUCGCUGUCCUUGGCAUGAAGUGCACAAAGUGCACAGGAAAUGACGACCGAAUAAAAGGGUAUAUUUUGCUGGCAGGUGGCAUCACUUUCAUUGUGACUGGCAUCGUCGUGCUCAUCCCGGUGUGCUUCGUUGCCCACAACAUCAUCCGAGACUUCUACAAUCCAGCCAUUCAGCUGGCUCAGAAGCGGGAGCUUGGCGAAGCCCUCUACAUAGGCUGGACGUCUGCCUUCUGCCUCGUCGCCGGAGGAGCAAUUCUUUGCUGUUUCUGCCGUUGUGAAGAAAAAAACAGAAGCUAUCGAUACUCAGUGCCUUCACAACGCACAGCCUUCCAGAGCCAUCGUACGCCAAGAAGAGCUGAAAGUUCGUACACUAAAAGUCAGUAUGUUUAGUC